CGCAUAAAUAACGUUUGAUUUGUUUACAUCAAAAUAUUGCAAAAUACAUUUCAAAAUAAUUUUUACUAGCAAAACCAGGCAAUUUAACUAAAGAAAACACUAAUCUAAAAUCAGUUUACGACAAAUGAGCACCUGUAACAAACCGGAAGAAAAUCGUCGACCGGGCGCGAAUAAAGACGGCGAUUGGACUUGUCCAGAUUCCGAAUGCCAGAAUUUAAAUUUUGCUCGUCGUAGCCAGUGUAAUCGUUGCGGCAGUGAGCGUCCUCCUGUUGAUGCUGAAAAGAGCUCCAACAGCACCGCUGGAGUUGUCAGCAAUGAUAGCUCCCAUACGAGUAGUCACAAGAAGAAAGUGGGUAUCGAAAUUGGAAAAGUUGCCGCAGAAAAAUCUCGCGGACUGUUCAGCGCUGAAGACUGGCAAUGCAGCAAGUGUGCCAAUGUAAAUUGGGCCCGGCGUCAUACCUGCAACUUGUGCAACGCUCCUAGGUUUUGUGAAGUUGAAGAACGAACCGGUUACGGUGGCGGCUACAAUGAUCGAGGUAUUGUAGAGUAUAAAGACCGUUCGGAUUCCGAUGACGAAUAUGAUGAAUUUGGUCGCAAGAAAAAAAGAAAAUCCAAUGUAUCUUCUCGGCCUCGACCUUCUAGAGUUAGCCCGUCCAGAAACAAAAAAUCGCACCAUGCUAAAGACGAUGGCGAUGAGGAAGAAGAAGAUGAUGAUGACGAUGAAGACGAUGAUAAUGGAGACCUUUCAAAAUACGAUCUUUGGGGCUCUGAUACGGAAGAUGUGAGCAAAAGUGACAAAAAAGUCGUCCAGAAAAAUCGUAAAGACGACUACUCCUCAAGUUCAAGCUCAAGUUCUGAAUCAGAAUCAUACUCCCGAUCAAGAUCAAGGUCAAGAAGUCCUCGUGAGCGCACUGAGCGCAACCGUGAUCGUCAAUCCAAUUACCACUCCAAACGUUCUCGAUCCAGGUCGAAUUCGCCACGCUAUAAACGCCAUAGCUCAUCGUCUUAUCGCCGCUAGCUUUUCCGAAGUCUUGAUGCAAAACUACGUCUGCUAACUAUGCUCACAAAUUCAGCCCAAUAUUAUAAAACUUACACAGUUUUUUUAGUAUUCCAAAUUUAUGUCUGCUACCGUGUGAGAAUUAUACAAACAUAACUUGUGCGAAA